UACGGCAGCGAGCUGCGAGGAGACCUGCUGGCCGUGCUGGACGCGAACAACGCCUCCCUGGUGGCCGAGGUGCUGGCUGCCAACGCGAGCGCCGCCGUCUUCGUGGCGCUGGAGCGCUUCGCGCCGCCCGUGGACCGCAGCGCGGCGUGGGCGCAGACCUUCUGCUUCGACAUUGACAGCACCGAUCGCCAGAGGGGGAACAUCCUCGUGACGGCGCUGUCCACCCGCCGCCUCAACAAGUGCUGCCCCGAGGGCCACCACCUCAACGCGACCCUCAGCGGCUGCGAGAAGAGCCCCGCCGGGGGCGCAGUCGACAGCGGGGACCGGAGCGGGGAUGAGGACGGGGCGGCGCGCGAGGUGCUGGCCAGGUGCGAGGCGCCGGGCGCGGCGCCGCUGCUGGAGCGCGUGCGCCCACUGCAGGCGCUGGCCGUGCUGCUGCUGGCGCUGGGCGCAGCCGCUAGGGGCGCGGGCGGCGGGCGCCGCCGGAGGCCAGGGCUGGACGCUGCUGAAGCAGAUGGCCGCGUGGAGCAUCUACGGUGCAACACACUGGCUUCGAGUCGCCUGACUUCGUCGUUCUUCGAAACCAGGACGUGCCUCUCGGAGAAUAAGUUGUUCAAGAAAACUGAUGGAAAACUAGAGUUCUUCGAGGCAGCGGGUAUUUCCCUCCUUCUGGAGAAAGAACUUCCACAUAAAGUUUCAGCGAUAAAAAACGUGGGAGCCAUGUACUAUUACUACAUUCCCAUGUCUAUACUGGUUGUGGCAAACGGCGCCUGUUUGGUCUCCACCGUCAUUGUUAUCCGGCAGUUACAGAAGAACACAUCUGCCGUGCAGAAUAUGGGCUCCAGCACUGGAGUUGCCUACGGAGGAUUACGGACAGCGCUGUUGUACGUCAAGUUGCUGGCGCUCGCCGGGGUAGUGGAGAUCGUGCUGGAGGCGUCGGUGUGGGCGUCGAGGUCGGACACGUGGGAUAACGCCCGUUGGCUGCACUCGACCAGCAGCAGCCUGGAGAGCGCCUACAACUUCAACAUCGUGGCGACGUUCCUGGACGUGGCGCGCGCGCUGGCGGUGCUGUGGCUGAGCGCUGGGCGCUGGGCGUGGGCGGCGCGGGCGGAGCGGGCGGUGCGGCGGGCGUGGCGGACGCUGAGGCGGCGCGCUCAGAUUCAGGCGCAGGAGAUCGCGCAGGCCCCACGCUGCGACAGCGACGAGGUCUCCGAGGACACCACCACCACCACCACCAGCGGGCUCUAG